UAGUCCAGACCAAGGUGGAUUAUUGCUUGCCAGAGGGCGCCAUCUACCUGCAAACGUGGAGAACUUCUCAUUGUACAGUUAUUUAUUACUAUUUCAAUCAGCGUUUGAUUUCAUGUUCUGGUAAAGGGUUUGUCUUUGAGGUUCAAGUGUAUUUUGUUUUUUAGUUAUAACUUUACCUUUAACAGCGCUCAAUGUUGAGUAAAGUGUCUUUAUUUUGAAAUUAUGACCGGAAUACCUUGACGGACUGAAAGUGAAACUUAAAUGAACCCGGAGUUGAAGGGGAAAACCAACGAUCCAAACUCAGCUUUCUUUGAGAGAUUAACAGCAACGAGCAGCACAUCGCAGCAGAAAGAAGACAUAAAACCAUGACUGACUUCUCUACAAUCUACAAACUGUCCCUGGUUGCAGUUUUCUGCUUCAUCCAAGCAUGCAGCAGCAGCUGUCCAGUGUUGGAGUGCUGGUUUGUGCAGGAGAAAGUGGGUCGAGGAGGAGGUUUAACUGCAGCUACAAGCCAGGAAAAAUCCCUGCUUCAUAUCCGAAAAGAUGGACACAGCCACAGUGCAGAGUCCCAGAAGGCCCCGUCGGACAUCAACCCUGACAGAGUCUACUAUAUUACCGACCCAGCUGGCACUUUCUGCCACCCCUCUCUGAACCCUCCCAGGGGCUCUGUCACGAAGCCCCAGUGUGAGAUCAACCCCUUCCUGCCGCAGCCCUCCAGCCUCAAAUGGGUUGCUCCGCUCACAGACUCCGCCUUAAGCCCCAUAUACCUGCAAGCUGAUUGGUUUUCAACUUCCCAUCAGGGCCUCAACAAAGAGCUGACCAUUUCCAGCAUCACGCGGGCUCCCACAGCAACGAAAGAGCACAACGUGAUCCUGAGUGUGACCAGUAAAACCGUCUCGGUGCAGGCCAGACUCGGGGAACCAGUAGUACUGGACUGCGGCUUCUGGGUCGACCCCUCCUCCCCUCUAUCCGGGUCGGGUUUCGCCGUAGAGUGGCGCUACCAGUUCAGAGGCGACGGACGAUUGGUUCUGGCUUACGACGGCAAGACAGACCGCUUGGCUGAUACACAAGAAGAAGGGGCCACACUGGACUUUGAGGGUUUGCACGAGAAAGGAAACGCGUCUCUGAUCCUGCAGGAAGCUAAAGUGCGUCACUCCGGGAUGUAUAUUUGUACAGUGUAUCUGCCGUACCUUGUGGCUCAGGUGGCGGUGGAGCUUGAGAUUGUAGAACCCCCCUCUCUCUCCAUCCACCCAUCCCCUCUGCCCCUCGCUGUUCCCGGCCAGACUUUGACCAUCCAGUGUGAGGCGUCCGGCUUUGCCCCCCUCUCCCUGGAGCUGAGCUGGGAGUUUAAAGGCGCUGACGGGAAGUCCAGGUCUCUGGGAUCAGGCAGCGUAACGGGCCACAGGCAGGCCUGGGAUGGCACCUUAAGCCAGAGCACCCGGCUGGAGCUUGACACCGCUACGCUGGACCUGGGCAGAGGAGGGGAGGUCACCUGUGUGGCUGUUCAUCUCGGAGGCACACGACGGGCCAGCGUGACCCUCAAUGCUGUUGGGUUCAGUGCUCCCUCUAUUGAGGACUCCAUGGCAAUGGUUGGCGUAGCGCUAGUGCUCUAUGGUUUAAUCAAGUUCGUCUCUUGGACCUUCACCGGCUCAGACUCGGAUGAGGCUGAUAAACAAGACAAGAAAGUCAAGUAAAGAAGAACAGAGUCAACUUCUGUGGACGUACGAUACUGAAACAACAAACCUUUCUGUUUUCAUAUCUUGGACGAGGUUUCAGGAGUGACUAUCCGCCGUUUCAUUUAGACAGCUACAUAUGUUUUUUAAAUGUUGUGAGAGGUUACUGGGGAUCUAUUCUGAAAACGGCUUCUACUCAGUCUAAACUUGCGUGUUGUGAUAUUUCUUUUAAUUUUCCACUUUAAAGCGAUAUGGCUCUUGUCUCAUUUUGGCCUCUAACUGUUUAAAUAUUGUAUUAAUGUAUUUUCUUGUGAACACUGGAAAAAGGUCAGAAACUUGGAGCAAUGUUGAAAUGAAAAUGUGAUGAAAUAUCAGCUUUAAUUAGGAGAUGUUUUUUUUAUCUUUGAGAGACCAGAAAUGAACCUUUGUGUGUUUGUGUGUGUGUCUAAGAAACAGAAAGAACUAAAUCAUCUUUUGGAAAUGAUCCAGGACAGUAAAAUUAAUAUUAGACUAAACAGUUCAAACCCACAAACUGAAUCCAAUUUUUGUAAAUAGAGAGAAUAUAAUGUUUGUAUAUUGUGGCUUUUUUUGCCCCUUGUUGGUAGGAAUGAUGAAGAAUUAAACUUACAUAGAAAUGUGAAGGAAAUGGUACGAAAAACGCAUUUGUCUAUUGAAGUGAACAAUUCAAAACUUGAAAACAAAAUUUCAAAAUCAAAGUCUGGAUUGUUUAAGUGAAAUAAACACAUUUCUUAAAACA